AUGGCACCGCAGCAAGACGUUGUGCUACGAAGUGUGCAAGUGAUGGAUUUUCGUGUGAGGAAUUCAGGUAAAGUGCUCGUUCACUGUCAUGCAGGAUUGGGCCGUACAGGACUCAUGAUAGCUUGCUAUUUGGUUUACAGUCAACAUAUGCCCAGCGAGGAUGUCAUCAAUCUUGUUCGUCAAGCGAGACCUGGAGCUAUUCAGACUUCAAGACAGGCCAAGUUUAUUCGCGGUUUUGAGCGUCAUUUGUGGCGGCUGACGCAGUCAUUUCGGGUGGAGAUGUCUGAUGCCAUCAUAGACAUUGAAUUGCUUUUGCAACGGCAAGGCUUGGUGUUGCAUGGGGACGAGGCAGAUAGUUAA